CCGGGCCGGGCAGCUCCGCGCUGCAGCCGGGGCGUGUUGCGCCAGGAGCCGGAGACUCGCCUCCGUGUCAGCGCUGCCCGGUCCAGCCUUGCUGGGCGCUGCGCCGGAGGGACCCGCGCGAGGAGCCGAGCCGGAGCCGAGCCCCAGGCAGGAGCUCUUGGCUGGAGCCGUGCGGCCCCAUUUAGCCAUGGACUAGCCCUGGGCAGGCGAUUGCUCUCUGAGCACUGGCACAGCUGCAAUCCAGAGCUGGCUCCAUCCCCAGGUGGCUGCCAGUGUGCUCGUGGGCCGAGAGGAUGGCUGCCGUGUGACCAGCCCGCACCCUGGCCCAGCUCCCGGCGUGGCAGGCGUGCUACGGCACGGCAAUGAAUGAUGCGUCAACAAUGGAUUAUGAACUGCUGUCCCCCUCCCUGGUGGAGCCCCCUGCCACCGGCCUGGGCAUGGAUGCCGAGCAGAAGACGGUCUUCGCCUUCGUCAUCUUCCUCCUGGUCUUCUUGGUGAUGCUCAUGGUGCGCUGCUUCCGCAUCCUGCUUGACCCCUACAGCCGCAUGCCCGCCUCCUCCUGGACUGACCACAAGGAGGGGCUGGAGAGGGGCCAGUUCGACUACGCACUGGUGUAGUGGGGCCAGGAGCUCAGUGCGCCCCCCCCCGCCCCUGCCUUUCUCUGUGGAGCGCUGCCCUGCCCCCUAGGGAUUCUGCCAGUUGGGAGGGCGGAAGGGGCCUGCCUGGGUUUGUCUCUUUUCUAGGUACUUCUCCAUUUUCUCCUUAAGCUGCAGCACCGUGCGCGGCUUGGAUAUUUGGGGGGAUCUGGUGAGGGGGUGUCUGGGAUGAGACGAGCCUGGUGAGCCCUUGAUUCAAAACAGGUCCCCCCAGAUGGCAUUCUACUGUGCUUCUCAGUGUUGUGUGCUAUGGGUGUGGGCAUCGGGGUGGGGCCUAUUGGGGUGGAGUGGGGCAGGGCCGGUUUCUCAGGGUUUCUGGGCUGGGUGGCUCCGUACCAGACACGGCCCGAGCAUGGUGUCUGCCAUUGUCGCCCAGGACAGGGCUGUGCGGUUCUGUGUCCGGGUGGCCUCAUGGCUGAGCCCUGGCUGUUGGGGCAGGGGGUUGUUAUAGGCACCUCAAGUUCUGGCUUCUAUGACUUUCCCAUUGAAUUAACAGUCCCCAGGGUACCCCAUGCCAUGUGAGCUGGAUGCUGCCCGUGCCUGCCCCAUGCAGCCAUUGCCCCACAUACGAGGCAGCCCUGCCACCUGAGUGCCAUCAAUGCACAGCGCCCUCCUUGGUGGAGCACCCCCUAUUGGUCUCGCUCUGCAUUACACUGUAGCGAACCCCACCACCCCCAGCUGGAGAAAAUGCCUCUGACCAAAGGUGCAGCCCUGCAGCCGACUAUAGAGCCCCUGCUACAGCUGCAGGGCACCAGGCAGCCUGGCCCUCUCGCCCUGGGGAUGCUGCAGUGACAGGAAGGAACUAACGCUCCCCAGUGAGCUGUGGGCCUGCUCUCAGUGGCCUUUCCCAGGCCUGCCAGUGGCUCAGCACCCGAGGUACUGGCUCCAGUGGGGUGGAGGACCCUCUCCCCUCACAAGCGCUCGAUCAGGUGAGACUGACACCUCCCAGCUGCCCAGGGCACAGAGCUGACGUGAUGGAGCUUUGUCUGGAGCAGGGCCUCACUUCCUGCCUCCAGCCCAGGGCCAUGCUAGCCUUCCAGGGCGAGACAGACGCUGCAGUCAGGCACAGGCCUAGCCAGACUCCCUGUUGGGUUAUAGCCAUGGGCUGGCAGGAGGGUUUGAGGUGAGGGUGUACAGCUGAAGGGUGUGCCCAGGAGAGAGCAGACCCUCCUCCUCCACAGAACUAAAGCUGCACUUCUGCUAACCCCUCCUCU